AUGAUUCGUCCAAUCGUGGCUCUCGUCGCCUUUGCUGCAUUGGCUUACUGCACCCAAGAUUGCUCUGAUCUUCAAGGAGCUGUCACAAAAUGUAUAACAGACGCUUUCCAACAGAUCACCAUUGAACAACAGAAUCAACUCACUACUGAUGAUGUGGUCACCUCACAAAAGGCUGAUCCCGAUGCACAAGCUAAACAAGGCAAAGGAGAUACAUUGCAAAGAGCCACUGAACUUCUCGUUGCUCAAUGUGGAGUUGAGGUAAUCAAUGAGAUCGAUACGGCUGGCAUUGACACCGACGCAAUCUUCGAUCAGGUCACAGCUAAUGCUGUUAAUCCCGCUCGAGUGAAGAGAUACGUUAGCGGCCCAAUGGGAGACGCUUCACAGUGUCGUGAGGAUCAACCAUGCUCGGGAAGUGAACCAAUCCGAAGAAUCACUGGUGACUGCAACAAUCUGCAACGAGCCAAAGAUGGAGCCUCGUUGAUCCCAUUCGCCAAACUUCAACCACCAGUUUACGAUGAUGGGAUUGGAUCGAUCCGUGUUCUCACAACCAACAAAGCCUCGAAACUUCCCUCAGCCAGAAUUAUCUCCAACAAACUCUUCCAACAGACCGACCCUUACCCAGUGGACACGAGUGGAUACUCCCACUUGUUGAUGCAAUUUGGUCAAGUGAUCGCUCAUGAUCUUGUUCUCACUCCAUCUUCAACUGGAACUGGCGGUGCCGCUUUGGACUGCUCGAUCUGUGAUCCGACAAUGUAUGACAAGAACUGUGCUCCAGUCACCGUCCCAACUGGUGAUCCCUACUUCAAGACCUCUUGUUUCAAAUUCACUCGUGCUCUCAACGCUCAGACCAAAGUCGGACCGAGAAUUCAAAUCAAUCAGCAAACUCACUUUUUGGAUCUUUCCGUUGUUUAUGGAGCUAAUUUGUGCGAUCACAAUAAACUGCGCUCGUUUGCCAAGGGACAAUUGAAGACACAAAGCCCACAAGGAUAUAACAUGAUGCCCACUGAUUCAGCUGACACAAACUGCCACUCGGGACCCGCUUAUCCAUGCACUCUUUCUGGAGAUCUGCGAACAUCCCUUCAUCCUGGUCUCUAUGCUCCACAAAUGUUCCUCCUUGCUGAACACAAUCGAAUUGCCCAAGCAAUUACCACAGCUCGUCCACAAUGGCCUGAUGAGAGAGUAUUCCAGGAAACUCGCCGUAUUGUGAUUGCUUUCUAUCAACAUUUUGUUUACACACAUUAUCUUCCAAAGAUUCUUGGAUCAACCCUCAUGACCAAGUUCGGUUUGAACCCAUUGAGCACAGGAUUCUUCACAGGAUAUAACCCGAGUGUUGAUCCGGCAAUCAUGUCUGAAUUCGGUACAAAUGCUUUCCGAUUUGGACAUUCUGAGGCCCGCAGUGACUUUGCUCGUGUCGACAAUAACAACAAGACAGUUGGCACACCGGUCAUGUUGGGAGAUAAUAUCUUCUAUCAAGAUCCAAUUUACAACAAAACAGCUCAACAGUACGAAUCACUCGGUCACGGAUUGAUGUACACACAAAUGAUGAAACAAGACAAUCAAUUCUCAUUCGACAUCCGAAAUCGAGUUUUCGAAAUCCGUGGCAAACCGGGAUCAGGAAUCGAUCUUGCUGCCACAAACAUUCAACGCGCUCGUGACUUCGGCGUUGGACCGUACAACAGAUACCGUACAUUGGCUGGACUCAAGAAAGCCGUCACAAUGGAUGACUUUGCUGAUUCAAUCCCAGCUGCUAAGAUUGCCAUGUUGAAGACAGUUUACACGAGCCCGGAUGAUGUGGAUCUUUAUCCAGGAAUGGUCAUGGAGAAUCCAGUUGCUGGAGCUGUUGUUGGACCGACCGCUGGUCACAUCAUUGGAACACAAUUCAAAAAUCUCAAAGUUGGCGAUCGUUUCUUCUAUGAGAAUCAAGUGCCCAACAGUCGAGGAUUGAAUGCACAGGAGAUUGCCGCAGUUCGAGCCUUCGAUUUCCGAUACAUUUACUGUGCUCACUCACCCUCCACCACACAAAUCCCCAAGGAUAUCUUUGUCUACAAUUCUCCACAAGGGCCAUGCUCAAACUUGAAGCCGAUCGACUUGACGCCAUUCCUCCCACCAAAU